AUGCCCUUCUUUCGUCAGUCCAAGUCCCAGCCUCAGUGGCCAGGGAUCGCACUUGCCGCCCUCCUUACGGCGAGCUCUGUUGCCAAUGCCUAUGUCAUUCCCCGCCAGAUCAAGCCCUCUCAGCUGCUUUCUAGCUAUGACUAUGUCAUUGUUGGUGGUGGAACUGCAGGCUUGACUGUGGCUGACCGUCUGACUGAGGACCCUGAGACGAAAGUCUUGGUCCUCGAGGCCGGCGACUGGGGCAACAUGACUGACAACCUCAUGGUUCAGAUCUCGGGCAGAACUACGUCUUUCACCGACCUUCUCUGGCCUGACGUCCAGUCUGUUCCUCAGCCAAACUUGAACGGAAGAACCGGCAAUGUCUUCAUCGCCAAGCAAGUUGGUGGUGGCGCGUCCGUCAAUGCUAUGAUGAACAUGCGUGGCUCUGCGGAAGAUUACGACCGCUGGGCCACUCUAUUCGGAGCCGGAGCUCAGCAGGGAACUGCUGACUGGAGCUGGGAUGGCAUCUUGCCGUUCUUCAAGAAGGGUCUCCACUUCACCGAGCCGCCUCCCGAGCUGACCGACAACUUCGACAGCAUCAAGUAUGAUGCUUCCUUCUGGGGCGAGUCUUCUGAGAUCUAUGCCGGAUGGCCUCGGUUCUACUACCCCGGAGUGACUCCUCUGUUUGAGGCGUUCAAGGAGAUCGACGGCAUCGAGUUCCCGGCCGACAGUGGAGCUGGAAAGGCGGGUGUGUUCUGGUUCCCCACGCUUAUGGACCCCCGAACCGUCACCCGCUCCUACGCCGGCACUGGUCACUACCUCAACGUCAACGCUACUCGCCCGAACUACCACCUCUUGGUCAACACCCUUGCCCGCAAGCUGAUUGUUGACGACAAGCUGACCGCCACGGGAGUCGAGUUUCCCUUAGGAAACAACUCCGUCGUCACCGUCAACGCUAACAAGGAGGUUAUCCUCUCUGCUGGUGCCAUUCACACUCCUCACCUCCUGCAGUUGAGCGGCAUUGGCCCCAAGAACGUUCUCGAGGCUGGAGGUAUUGACGUGCUUGUCGACCUGCCCGGUGUUGGCCAGAACUUUCAGGACCACAGCAGUCUGUCUCAGAUGAACAUCACUCUCCACAAACUCGCAUCGAUUCACCCCAACCCGACCGAUCUGGUUGAAGGAAACGACUUCAAGACCUGGGCCGACGAAGUUUGGGCAGCUAACAAGACCGGCCCUUACUCCCUCGCACUCACCAACCUUGCUGGCUGGCUUCCCUUCACCGCCGUCUCGGCCAAGGCCGACGAGCUUGCUACCAAGCUGGAGCAGCAAGACUUUGCCAGCCUGCUGCCCGAAGGCGCUGACGCCACUGUGGUUGCCGGCUUCGCGGCUCAGAUGAAGAUCCUCGCCGCCCAGAUGCGCUCCAAGGACACCGCCUUUACUCGUCUCCAGCUUGUCCCGGACCACGGUGCCCAGGGCCCCGUUGCGAUGCAGUCCUUCAGCCGCGGCACCGUCAACAUCAACGCUGCCGACCCGUGGAACACGGAGCCCGUGAUCGACUACCGCGCCCUGUCCAACCCCGUCGAGGCCGACUUCUUCGUUGAGUCGAUUAAGUUCCUCCGCCGCUACGCCUUCGAGACCUCCCUGGCUUCCAACUACGACCCUGUCGAGUACGCCCCUGGCCCCGACGUUGUCUCUGACGAGGACCUCAAGGCCUACAUCGCCGGUGCCAUGUCGCCUACCGACUACCACCCCGUCGGCACGGCAUCCAUGCUGCCGCUUGAGUUGGGUGGUGUCGUUGACCAGACCCUGCGCGUGUAUGGAGUCAAGAACCUGAGAGUUGUUGACGCCAGUGUUAUGCCCAUGGUUCCCAGUGCCAACACUUGCCAGCCUACCUAUGCCCUGGCCGAGAAGGCUGCGGAAAUCAUCAAGCAAGGCAUCUAA